AUGAGCCUCGUGGGCAGCUACGCGCACCACCACCACCCGCACCCCGCGCUCCCCGCGCUCCACGACCCCUUCCUCUUCGGCCCCGCCGCGCGCUGCCACCAGGAGCGACCCUACUUCCAGGGCUGGUUGCUGGGCCCGGCCGACGCCCCGCCGCCCCCAGCCGCCGCGGCCUACGGGGACCCCCGGGCCGCGCCCAGCCCCGCGCGCCUGGGCCGCCGCAAGGGCGCGGGGCCCCGCAAGGAGCGGCGCCGCACCGAGAGCAUCAACAGCGCCUUCGCCGAGCUGCGCGAGUGCAUCCCCAACGUGCCCGCCGACACCAAGCUCUCCAAGAUCAAGACGCUGCGCCUGGCCACCAGCUACAUCGCCUACCUAAUGGACGUGCUCGCCAAGGACGCGCAGGCCGGCGACCCCGAGGCCUUCAAGGCCGAGCUCAAGAAGGCGGACGGCGGCCGCGAGAGCAAGCGGAAACGCGAACUGCCGCGCCACGAAGGCUUCCCCGCCGGCCUGGGCCCCGGGGAGAAGCGGCUCAAGGGCCGCACGGGCUGGCCUCAGCAGGUCUGGGCGCUGGAGCUCAACCAGUGA